AUGUCAACCUCAUCACCGACGCUAGUCUUUGUGCCAGGCGCGUGGCAUAAGCCCGUCUGUUUCGACAAGGUCACCAACAUUCUGCAAGGCAGAUACAAACUCGAAUGCGUCUCAGUUACGUUACCAUCGACCACCGGCAAUCCGGCCGCCACUUUCAAAGAUGACAUCGAUGUCGUCCGCGAGGCUAUAUGCAAAGAAACCAGUCAAGGACACAAUGUCGUCAUCGUCGCCCAUUCUUACGGUGGCAUGGUGGGCAAUAGCGCCAUCAAAGGUUUCAUGAAGCCAGUAGACAACGCCACCGAGGGCAGUGGGACUUCGUCCCACCAGAUAGGCCAUGUCGUGGGCCUCGUCCUUAUCGCCUCCGGCUUUACCUUCACGGGACUCGCCUUCAUGGAUCUUUUCAUGGGAAAACCGCCUCCUUUCUGGCGAAUCAAUAACACGACCGGAUACGCCGAGCUCGUUGCGCCUCCACGUGAGCUCUUCUACCACGACGUACCCGCAGACGAAGCAGAAUAUUGGGUGUCGCAGCUCACCAACCAGAGCCUCAAGUCGCUCUUUGAGGGGGGCGAAUUCGCAUACGCCGGCUGGCAGGACGUCCCCGUGUGGUAUCUAGGUACCAUUGAGGAUCGCGGCCAGCCCGUGGUGGCGCAGCGUAUGCAGGUCGGCAUGGCCAGGGAGAUGGGCGCUCAUGUGCAACAUAGGGAGCUGCGGUCGAGCCACUCGCCGUUUCUGAGCCGGCCCGAACAGACCGCCGGGAUCGUGUUCGAAGCUGUCGGUGCGUUCACUGGCCACCCUGUGGCGACAGCAAAAACACCGGAAGAUACCGUAGGUGGUGACGGCGAGGUCUUAACAGCGGUCAGAUUGAGGGAGCUUCUCACGUGGUACAGGUACGGGCUACCGUUAGCGCUUGGACACCUCAUUGGAAGGUGUAUAAUCAUCUCCCGUUGGUGUAAGAAGCUGCGGCGAUGA